GGGCGUUAAUGUUUUUAGCUUGAAACGCCCACGGCUUUAUCGUUUUAGUAAUAAUAAUUAUUAUUAUUACUAUUAUUAUUUUGUUGUCCUGUAUCUGGGACUGAUGGAUUCUGGCGCGUGCUACACCAACCAGAGUUUUGUGGAUGAUGAGGGGAGCGCGAGGAGCAGCGCGAGAAGAGUGACCCCUUGUGCGGCCAGUGGCGUGGUGUUGAACAUCCAGGGGCUCAAGGCGGCAGCUGACGAAUCCGACGUCCCGCCUCUCCAGUGCCGCGCCCGCUUCCGAGAACUGUUGCUAGGAGACCAGCCAAGCCAGAACGAGGACAGGGUUCACGUGGAGUUCUAUGUGAAUGAGAACACGUUCAAAGAGAGACUCAAACUGUUCUUCAUUAAGAACCAGCGCUCCAGCUUGAGGAUCCGUAUUUUUAACUUCUGUCUGAAGGUUCUGACGUGUGUCCUCUACAUCAUACGAGUCAUGACCGACAACCCAGCUCAGCUCCGCAACACAUGUGUAAAAUGCAACAGCUCUUCUCAAAAUAACGAGAUUAACUGGGAGUUGAUCUUUUGGGUGGAUAGGAAAACUCCUGUGUGGGCCAUUCAGGUGAUAGUAGCGUCCAUCAGUUUCAUGGAGGCCAUGCUGCUUAUGUACCUCAGCUACAAGGGUAACAUCUGGGAGCAGAUGUUCCAGGUGUCGUUUCUGUUGGAGAUGUUAAACACAGCCCCCUUCAUCAUCACGAUCUUCUGGCCGACUCUGAGGAACCUCUUCAUCCCCGUCUUCCUCAACUGCUGGCUGGCCAAGCAUGCUCUGGAGAACAUGAUCAACGAUUUGCACAGAGCGAUCCAGAGAACGCACUCAGCCAUGUUCAACCAGGUUCUGAUUCUCAUCUGCACGCUGCUCUGCCUCGUCUUCACUGGUGCUGUUGAUACAGGCUAUGCUGAUCCUCACAUUAUGCUAAAAGGCCUGUUAGCAGGUACGUGUGGUAUCCAGCAUUUGGAGCGAGCAGGGCGAAACAGCCUGUCUCUCUUUAACUCUCUCUAUUUCUGCAUCGUCACCUUCUCCACGGUGGGCUUCGGGGACGUCACCCCUCAGAUUUGGCCUUCGCAGCUGCUGGUGGUGGUGAUGAUCUGUGUGGCCCUGGUAGUGCUUCCCCUGCAGUUUGAGGAGCUGAUCUAUCUGUGGAUGGAGAGACAGAAGUCUGGGGGGAACUACAGUCGUCAUCGCGCUCAGACGGAGAAACACGCCGUGCUCUGCGUCAGCUCCCUCAAAAUGGACCUGCUCAUGGACUUCCUCAACGAGUUCUACGCUCACCCACACACACAGGACUACUACGUGGUGAUCCUGUGUCCGUGUGAAGCGGACAGCCAGGUGAGGAGAGUCCUGCAGAUUCCGCUGUGGUCACAACGGGUCAUCUACCUGCAGGGCUCCGUCCUCAAAAACCAGGACCUUCUCAGAGCCAAGAUGGACGACGCAGAGGCCUGUUUUAUUCUGAGCAGCAGAAACGAGGCGGAUCGAAUGGCAGCAGAUCAUCAGACGAUAUUGCGAGCGUGGGCAGUGAAGGAUUUCGCCCCCAACUGCCCUCUCUACGUCCAGAUCCUCAAGCCUGAAAACAAGUUCCACGUUAAGUUUGCAGUGGUGGGUUUGCUUCCCGCUGUAGACCACGUCGUGUGUGAGGAGGAGUUUAAAUAUGCCUUGCUGGCGCUAAACUGCCUGUGUCCAGCCACGUCCACUCUGGUCACUCUGUUGGUCCACACAUCCCGUGGGCACACUAACUGCUGUAGGCUGAAUAGGGAGGGUCAGCAGUCUCCGGAGCAGUGGCAGAGGAUGUACGGCCGCUGUUCCGGUAACGAAGUGUACCACAUUUGCCUGAGCGACAGCAUGUUCUUCAGAGAAUACGAGAACAAGAGCUUUACCUACGCUGCGUUCCACGCGCACAAAAAGUAUGGCGUGUGCCUGAUAGGAAUAAAGCGAGAGGAUAAUAAGAGCAUUCUGCUGAACCCCGGACCCCGACAUGUCAUGGCUGCUGGAGACACCUGUUACUACAUCAACAUCACAAAGGAGGAAAACUCUGCCUUCACCGUCAGACAGGAGGCACAUCAGGGCAAGAACCGUGGCCACUGCGACAUUCUGAAUAGCCCCUCAGGAUUACCCGUCCACAGCAUUAUCGCCAGCAUGGUUGCAAUGGAUUUCCAGAACACCAGCCCAACCGGAGACACGGCCAAACUGGCCCCACCCGCAGAAAAUGGACUAGGAAGUCGCCGCCCUAGCAUUGCUCCAGUUCUGGAGAUCACUGACUCCGCCUCCUUACUGCCAUGUGACCUCCUCAGCGACCAGUCAGAGGAUGAGGCCGCUCACUCUGACGAGGACGUGCCCUCCGCCUCUGAGUGCAUGAAGGGUUAUCCUCCCAACUCGCCCUACAUCGGAAGCUCACCCACGCUGUGCCAUCUCCUACUCCAGAAAGCUCCAUUCUGCUGCCUGCGCCUCGACAAGGCCUGCGAGCAUGUUAGCUUCGAGGAUGCUAAAGCUUACGGCUUCAAAAACAAGCUAAUCAUUGUUUCGGCGGAGACGGCGGGAAACGGCCUGUACAACUUCAUAGUUCCUCUGAGAGCGUAUUACAGACCCCGGAGAGAGCUCAACCCUAUAGUACUGCUACUGGACAACCUGCCUGAUGAGCACUUCCUGGAAGCCAUCUCCUGUUUCCCAAUGGUCUACUACAUGGUCGGGACCAUUGACAACUUGGACAGUCUGCUGCAGUGUGGGGUCCUGUAUGCAGAUAAUCUAGUGGUGGUGGAUAAGGAGAGCACCAUGAGCGCAGAGGAGGACUACAUGGCCGACGCUAAAACCAUCGUAAAUGUCCAGACCAUGUUCAGGUUGUUCCCCAGUCUGAGUAUCAUUACGGAGUUGACGCACCCAUCUAAUAUGCGCUUUAUGCAGUUCAGAGCGAAGGACUGCUAUUCUCUGGCCCUGUCCAAACUGGAGAAGAAGGAGCGUGAUAAAGGUUCUAAUCUGGCCUUCAUGUUCCGCCUGCCGUUCGCCGCCGGACGAGUCUUCAGUAUUAGCAUGCUGGAUACGCUCCUGUACCAGUGUUUUGUGAAGGACUACAUGAUCCCAAUCACGAGGCUGCUGCUGGGGCUGGACACCACUCCUGGAUCUGGAUACCUGUGUGCUAUGCGAGUGUGCGAAAGUGACCUGUGGAUCCGUACGUACGGAAGACUGUUUCAGAAGCUCUGCUCUACAAGCUCAGAGAUUCCCAUCGGAAUCUACCGCACAGAAUCCCACAUGUUCCUGCCGUCUGAGUCCCAGUAUUCAGUCAGCUCGGAGGGGUGGUCGGACACUAAGGAGACCAAGGGUGACGAGCCUAAAGUUCUGACCCGGAGUUCCUCAGGCAGCGACCAAUCAGAGCACCCACUCCUGAGGCGGAAGAGCAUGCACUGGACUCGGCGUCUCAGUCGGCGGGCAAUGAAGAGGAGUGACUCCUCCUUUUUCUCCUCGCUGCCGAAACACAGCGCCUCCCGCCGCUCAGAGAGGGAGGAGCUUACAGAACUCGUCAGGAACCGCAUGCAGCACCUGGGCUUACACACAGGAUUCAAAGAUGUCUCUAAUCUGACAGCCAGUGAUGUGAUGAACAGAGUAAAUUUAGGUUAUUUGCAAGGGGAGCUGAAUGACCAGCAGAACUCGCUCUCCUACGUACUCGUCAAUCCCGCGCCGGACACACAUCUCCAGCUCAACGAUGUAGUGUUUCUGAUCCGGCCGGACCCGCUGGCUCAUGUCCCAGCAGAGCCCCCAGUGCGCACCCACUUCAAAGAGUCCAGACCAGACACACCAGAGAUGAACCAGGUUUAGCCGGCACAAGACCGAAUUGACCUAAAUCACAGCAGAAGGAUCCACCUGAAGUGGUCAUAUUUAUCACAGAACUGAAAGUGGGUUGUCCAGCUGUUUACACCUGUUGGUCCACAGCCUUGCAACACAAGCAUCCCACUGCAGUGCUGCAUUAUGGCCAGCAGGUGGAGACAGAAUUCAUUUGAUUAAAGUGUUUGAUUGCUAGUGUUGCACUAUGAUCAGCAGGAGGCGCCAACAUAUCUGAUUUUAGUGCAGAACUUCAUUACCUCGCAUCACAGCCUCCAGCACUUUGUAGAUGUUGCUCUUUUAAGCUGAUCUCAGAUCAGGUUUUUGUUGUUAUUUUAUACAUACAUUCUCCAUCCACUUUGACUGAAACUCCUGCCUUGUAUCAUCGCUCCUAUAUGAGCUUAUUGGACACCUCACUUCAAAACCAUAGGCAAUAAUAUGGACCCCCCCCUCCUGCCUUUUUAUAAUUAAGUGACCUUUAUUAGUCCCACAAAAGGGAAAUUCCACCUCAUGUCACCGCAUUUAUCUCAUCUGUGCUGUGAAACACCACAUACACACUAGUGAACGCACACACACACACACACUAGGCGGCAGUGAGCACCCUUGCCCAGAGCGGUAAGCAGCCCUAUCCACGGUGCUCGAGGAGCAGGUGGGGGUUAGAUGCCUUGCUCUAGGGCACUUCAGUCAUGUACUGUCAGCUCAGGGGAUUGAACUGGCAACCUUCCGAUCACAGGGCUGGUUUCCUAACCUCCAGCCCACAACUGACCACCCUUUGCCUCCCUUUACCACCCUUCACUUCACAAGGUUUCUACAAGAUUUUGGAGUGUAUCUGUAGGAAUUUGUGCCCAUUCAGUCAAAAGAGCUUUAUAGAGGUCAGGUGCUGAUGUUGGACAUGAUGGCCUGGCUUGCAAUUGACGUUCCAGUUCAUCCCAAAGGUGUUCAGUGGGGUUGAGAUCAGGGCUCAGUGCAGGCCUCUGGAGUUCCUCCACACCAAAUUCAUCAAACUAUGUCUUUGUGGAGCUCACUUUGCUAUGCUGGAACAUUAAAUUUAUAUACUUCAUUUACAUUUUGAAGUAUAUAAUUGUGUAAAAUGUCUUUGUAUGCUGUAACAUUAACAUCACCUUCACUGGAACUGAGUGGCCUGAAAAACAGUCCCAGCCCAUUAUCCCUCCUCCACCAAACUUUACUCCUAGCACUGUGCAUUCCGGUAGGUAGUGUUCUCCAGAUUUGUCCAUCAGACUGCCAGGUAGGGAAGCUUAAUCAUCGCUCCAGAGAACACGUUUCCACUUCUCCAGAGUCCAGUGGCGGCGCUUUACACCCCUCCAGCCAACACUUGGCAUUGCACAUAGUGAUCUUAAGCUUCUGUGCAGAUGCUCAGCAAGGAUAUUAAUUUUUAGUGAUUUUACACGUUACACACUUAAACACUCAGCAGCCCCGCUCUUUGUGGCUGAGCUGUUGUUGCUCCUAGACAUGUCCAUUUUACAAUAAUAGCACUUACGGUUGUCUAGGACAGAUCUAGCAGGGGAGAAAUUUCACAAAUUGAUUUGUGACAAAACACAACAGCGCCAUGUUUAAAGUCUACUGCCAGUGUUUGUCUGUGGAGACUGCAUGGCUAUGUGUUUGAUUUUAUACACCUGUUAGCAGUGGGUGUUUUAGGAGAUGUGUCAAGAUGCGAAUGAUGCGACAAGAUGCAACUUCUUGACAAAGAUUUCUAUUCGACAGACACAUUUUUCAUUUUGCAAAUGUUAUUAUGCGCAGCAUUUAUCAACAUAAGUCAGUAUGAGGGCAACAUUUCUGUAAUAUUUAACACAGUUUCAUUUUAUUGCUUGAAAAAGCUCCUGAGUUCUAAUAAAGUCAAUGGUGAAUGUAUAAAAGCUAACAUCACAGUACAGUGAAGGGAAGCCGGUCUUAGAUCAGCGUAAAAGAGCAACAUCUACCCAGGGACGAUCCUCAAGCUGAGGAGAAAUUUGCGCACAUUAUCUUCCACAGGCUGAAGAUGAAUUUUUGUCUUGGCAAAACCAGAAUGUUAUUAUUGUUACCAGCACUGACGUAUUUCAUAGUUGUCCAAAGCCUGUCGGUAUUAGAUUAUUUCUUGUGUUUUCCAGAGUUUUAAUGUAUGUUUAUUAUAUAAAUGCUCAUCCAUGGGUUUUAAUGCAUGGCUUAAUGGAGUAAUUUAUAGAUUGACUUGUGCAGUGUAGUCAUAAUGAUCAGUUUGAGUGGUGUUAGGUUGUAAUGAAUUGUGUUCAAAGGAGCUACAUAUAAGGUUAAGCACAUUAAUGGCCAUUUGGCUUCCAGUUUGUGGAAGCGAAUGCCUGAACCUCCAUGUCUCAAAAAAGAGGCCAACAAUUAUUAAAAGAAACACUGGCUAAUAAUGUCUGUUUAGCAUUUAUAAUUGUUUUAUAACAAUCACUGAUUAUUAAAUCACAUUCUACUUUACAAAUCUUACAUGUAGCUCUUUUCAGAUUCUAUUAAUUAUUUGUUGUAGGACGAACCUACAAGCUGUAAGACUCAGGAUACAUUUUCAAGAACUGAAAUAGGGCAGUAAGAGGAGAUAUUAAAGGGGAAUUCCACCAAUGUUUCAAUAUUUCUGCAUAACUCAGAAAGUGGUUUGAUGCACGAUGGUUGUGGAGACAGUGGUGGUGAUGGGAACCAGGGGUCACCAUGACUACAGCACAAAUCUAGACAUUUUAUUUACUACCCAGAACCACCAGAGUACCUAGACGUGUUUUAUAUGGAAUGUUGAUGAUGAUAAAAGAGUCACAAAUCUGAAAAAAACAAUUAUUUGACUGUCUUGCUUCACCUUGGUGGUGUGGGAGGGAGCUUUUAGAGGCGGACGUCUGGUUCCUAUCACCACCACUGUGAACAGUUCUGACUGUAAGUUUCCCUAGAACGGAGUGUUUCACACCAAACCGCUCAGAAUGACUCUGUUUACAUCUUUCAUCAUUUUAAACUUUCAAUCAAUGGAAAAUUUUUGAAAAAUCAAUGGAUUUACCCUUUAAUAAACGUAGAGGUUUUAGGAAUAUUAAAGGAAUAUUCCAGCUUUUUAAACCUAAUCUACAAUUAUGCAACAUAGUAAUGUCUGCACAUUUAUCUGUACGCAGAAAAGAAAAGGAAACUCACUGACUCAAAACUCACUCAUAAUAAAAGCAUUCAGUGGUAAAUUCUUGCACAGACACUCAGCAAGUGCCCAUUGGCUUCUAUUAUAAGUGCAUUUUUAAGGCUCCAUCCACAUGUGUCUAGUAGUUUUUGAAAUUUUUUGUUUUCCCCUGUUUUGGCCUCCUGUCCACACGAAAACAGAAACUGAGGUCACAAACACAAAACACAAAAACUGAGGUCUUCUAGGCCUUCAGACAAAGUCUAAUGAUGUCUGGAAACCAAGAAUAUACAUAUCUAUAAUGUUUCAGUUAUUUUUGUUCAGUAGAAUCGAGCUUGCAGGUAUUUCAGCACUACUGCAUUCUGAAAUUCUGGAGGGAAACCAAAGGGUUGAAUUCUUAAAAUGCCCAGAUGCCCAGUGGGAAAUUGACCAGUCAGAAAUUUUUGUUCUCCUUAGUAUCUAUGUAGGUGUAGCUAAGCAAGCUCUCCUAUUGGUUAGGGCUCCAGGAGCUGAAGAGAAGGCCUAACACUUCAGAUUAACCAUCAUCAGAAUUAGGAAAGGGCAGAAGAAUCAACCAAUCACGCUUUGAUUUCCAAUAAGACCAAUUUCAUGUGGAAAAACGUCCCUCUAGGCCUUCUGGACGUUUUAGAUAUAUAACUGACUGUGAAUAUGAGCAGCAGGAUUGUUAGAAAUGGAAAACAGUGACAGCAGGUCUUCACCAGAGCUCACUACUGAAGCUGCUACGAGGUCAAAUAUAUGCAAAUAAUGUCUCUCGCAAACUUUAAGUAAAGAUCUAAAAAUGUCUUUUAGAAGCUUCAAAUGCCAUCAUUGGCUUUCCACAUGGAUGCUAGCAGAAGUUAGCAUAUCGUAGAAUUGUUUUCAUGUUAAGUGUUCAGAGCUCUGUCUGAAAUCCUGCUGACGACUGGGCUGUUUCUGUAGGUUUGGCAGUCAGGAAACCUAAACUUAGCUUUACUUUUUCAGUAAACUGUGGUGCUGAGGUGUUAGAAGGUAGCGUUACUGCCCUUAUUUCUGUUACGUGAGUCAACUCGACCACAAAUAAUGAAGUAAUUUUAAAAGAUAUGUGACAUAUCUGCUCUGAUCGGCACUGAGCGGAUGUUUCCGAGACGGUGGAGUAGAUAGAUACUUUAUUGAUCCCGAAGGAAAUUUAGCAAAGAUUCCAUGUCCUUCAUACAAACAGAACUGUCACUAAAAUGUAUAUACGCAAUAUACGCAAACAGAAAAAGAGAAACAGUAAGAAAAAAGUGCAAAAACACCACAAAAUACGGAGCUAGUGGAAAAGCUGCCACCCACAGCGGCGACAGAAGUGAACGUGAACGAUUCCACAGCAAGCUAUAGCUUUCCUUCUUUUAUUUUCUGGCAGUAAUCGGACUUUGAGUCUGUGUGAAAUUUCAGUGGUCAGAGGUCCGCUGACCUACAAGCUGAAAACUUUGUGUUUGUAAUACACCAUCACUUUAGCUGUGUCCCAAUACAGUGGCUGCCUUCGUAGACCACAUCCUUCAAAGGUGGCGUAGAACCCGCAAAGGCGGAACCGAAAUGAGACAGUCUGCUCUACAGUGGAUGUCCUGUUUGAGUCACAGCAUCGCUGUCCCCAUGGAGUUAGAAACGUAGAUUUUUUGUUUUCAUUUAUAAAAGCUUCUAGAUCUUAGAUCUUAGAGUAGAUGCUUCUCUCAAUCGGCUCUUUGCUCCCUAACGGAAACAAAACAAAACAUUAGCGUAAAAUCCUCAGACCAAGUUGGCUUUCUUUAACAUUUGUAUCGUUAGCUAUUCACAUUCAACCCCAAUACUUACAUUUAGCUGCCAUUCGCUCCUCUGCUGAUGCUGCCAUGCACGCAGUGAACCUCGGGAUAUGUUGGCUGGUGAAGGAUCCACCUGUUGGAUCCUUCGUUACUAUGGAUAAGAAGGCCUUAUAUGAAGGAGCCUUCGAAAUGAAACAGUCUAGUUGUGCCGCUGUGACGGAUUUGGCCUUCAAAUGCAGCCUCAGAAGGAUGCAGCCCCUGAAUUAGGGCUGGGCGAUACGCCCAAAAACGUUUUCACAAUAAAAAAUCUCAAAUCAGUCGAUAUUGAUAAUUAUCCUGAUAUUUAUUCAAAUAGAUACUCGAAAGUGCUCCCUCUCGUGGCGGCAGCAAAGUAUUGUAGCUUUCCUUCCAUUAGAAAAUACCACCAGGGCUGUCGCAGUGUGAGAACACUCUAUUAUAUGGAACAUUUAUCAAACAUUUCAUAUAUUUAAAUCAAGGAAAGUUAUAUCACGAUAAUUAUCGUUAUCGUUUUAUCGCCCAGCCCUACCCGGAAUUGGGACACCACUUCACAGGGUGUUUAUAGUGUUCUUCUUGAGCUGUUUGACAUCAGAUUGUAUUAAUGUAUUUUGCCCUCUGCUGGGCUGGCAUGCUUAUACGAGCACUUUUGAGUUGUUUGCCGUUUCGCUAUGGUUUUGAAAAUGGAAGAAAAAAGUAUCUCUGGAUGAGGCCCAGGUUCAGCAAAACAUGUUAAAGGUUUUGUCAGUGGAGCGCUACAGAUACACCAGUUGGAGAUUAGGCUGAAAAAAAAACAAAACACUGGAGUAUUCCUUUAAAGGUAGCGCUUAGGAAACGUUACUUGAUGGGGAGAAGUGAAGGUUGGUGUUCAACCAACGUUGGAGAUUUUUUCUCUUUUUAUAAUGUUGUGACAAGCUAAUGUCACCAGAAACGUGCCUAAUAGUGAGAGUUUAUAUGAAAAAAAAAGUUACUUAUUGCACCUUUAAUGUUUUUGGAUGGUGUUAAUGCUGCUAGAUUUAGGGCUGUGUGAACAUGUGCACAGUCUGACACCGUACGUUCUGUAUCAGUACAGGUUUAUGUUUCUGUUCUGUGAGCUGAUGCAAUAAAAGCAAGUGAAACUGCA